GCCUUUUUAACUCUCUGUAUAAAGACCAUCACUCCCUAUGAACGGAUCAAUAAUACAAAAUGGACAGGAGUGAAAUGUCACAGUCAUACACAGAUAUAAAGAAACACACAGACUUUGGUGACUCAUUCUGGAGUUUUGGAAAAGAGCAGGACUUCAAGCCUCACAUUAGACACGUUGAGCCUGUUCUCACUGAAUGUGACCUUGACUGGAAAUCCCAGUUGCGCUGGAUACCUGAACCUCGAUACAGUGAUGCCCUAUUUCCACACAUCAAAGACAUAAAGUUUCCCAAUGAAAGGAAACUGAUGAGAUCCUUCCCACAGGCUAAUAGGGUGUCCGCAUCUGAGUGGAGCUUUUAUCCAAACUUCGGACAGCCUAAGACCUAUCACACUGGAAAGAGAUGUUUUAUGGAUGGUAUUAAUCAUACGAGCAACAUGAAAUGCAUUUCAGAGAAUUCCUUGGAAUCAUCCAUAGGGAGGAAAAAGCAGGCCACAGACAAAUGCAGCAUCUACCCUUCAACAAAGGUCAGACCAUUUCUAGUUCCUGAGUACAGCUCUGACUUUCACAAAUAUGAAUCAUCACUGCGCACAGCCACUUUUGGGUCCAGGGCUUUCGCUACAUUUAAACCCUUUAUUCACCUAAAACCCCCAACAAAAGACAUCAGUCCACCGUAUGCGGAGAAACAUAGAAGUCGUGCUCGAGAGGAGGACAUUCUUGAAGUCAAGAGGUUGAGCAGCUGGAGACCAGCUCCAGACAUUUAUGACAGGACAGUUUUGCCGGACUUCUAAUUUGGAAGGAGUCAAGCCAUGCAUAUAUAUUUAUUGUUGAUAUUGUUAGUGUUUUCUAUUUUGUUAGAUGUAUUUGUGACCCUGGAUCACAAAACUCAGUCAGUUUUUUGAAACUGAGAUUUAUACCUAAAUACAUAAGCUGAAUAAAUAAGCUUUCCAUUGAUGUGUGGUUUGUUAGGAUAGGACAAUAUUUGGCCAAGAUACAACUAUUUGAAAAUCUGGUAUCUGAGGGUCGAAGUUUUGAUAUAUUUACUGUGGGAAAUGUACAAAAUAUCUUCAUAGAACAUGAUCUUUACUUAAUAUCCUAAUGAUUUUUGGCAUAAAAGAAAAAUCAAUAAUUUUGACCCAUACAAAAUUGGCUAUUGCUACAAAUAUAGCCAUGCUAUUUAUGACUGGUUUUGUGGUCAAGGGUCAUAUUUUAGUUUUAUCAGAGUGUUGAAGCAAAUAAAAUAAAUUUUCUUUCCUUCAAAACCACCUUAUGCCUUUCCAUUGAGUGUAUAUAAGACUAUUCAGAUACUUAUGGUUUAGCUCUGAAACUGCAUAUUGGAAGGGGUUGAAUCAGGACAAAAUGCCAUAGGCUACAGACAGUGAAAAUAAUUUGACCUUUUCUUUGCCUUAUUAGUUGGAGGUCCUUCAAAUAGAUUUUCCGUAAUUCCCUGACAAAGACAAAUGAAGGUCUUUUCACUGUGCCAAAAUUUAAUUGCAGAAUAGAAUAGGAAACAGUUAAGUAUGAUUGUGCAGGGAAGAAGUUUGUAAUAGUUAAUAAAAGACAUCAUUCACACCGAGUAUGAUAUAAUAAACAAAAGUUGUAUUGUAGUCAGUUCAUUCGUGCAC